GGAACAUUUCUUGGAGUACGGUGUCUCGCCUACCACGUUACCUCGAGACUUUUGGGCGGAUUUAAACAAUCUUUCAAGGACAAAAAUACCACAUUCACUGAUUUCAGUUGGCAAUAGGAAACGUUGGAUGGGAUUAUCUUGGUGUGAUCUGUUGGGAACAUGGAUCUACCGUUGCCCUCCAGUUGUGCUGACACCCCCCCAGUUGAUCCGAGCGUGGUUGUGAAGGAAGAAGACCUCAGUGAUGAGGAACAUGGUUACAUGAUCCCAUUUCAAGAUGAUUACUGUACAGAGUCCAACAUUAGUUACAGUGAAACUCAACAGACAACAGCAGAGGAACAUGGUUACAUGAUUUCAUUUCAAGAUGAUGAUGAACUUUUUGCAGAGCUUUACUGUAGAACUGAAACGGAUGUGACAGAGCCCAACGUUACUUACAGUGAAACUCGACAGACAACCGCAGAGAAUGAUGUGGAGAAAGAAGAGUUUGGCCCGUGUGUGAUGGUGAAAGUUGAAGAUAUAAAAGAGGAGGAAUAUGAUCACAUGAUUCCAUGUCCAGAUGAAGAAGAAAAGCCGUUUGCAGAGCUUCACUGUAGAACUGAAACAGACGUCACAGAGUCCAAUGACACCUGCAGUGAAACGCAGACAAAUUUGGAGAAGAACGAGAAGAAAGAAGAGGAUGUAACAUAUUAUCUUCUGGGAAACCCCGUGUCUCUGGCCCAGAUGAAGAGGGUAUCAGUGGUGCUGGUGGACUGCUGCAGACCACAAGGACGACGAGUGAAGAAGGAGGAGGAGAUGCAGACGCAGACCAACGGAGAUGCAGAACAACCCGAGACCAGUGCGACACGGCAGACUGCAGUCAAACGUCCGCCAGCGUCACCUUUGCAGCAAGGUACAGCAAAGCGCCACAUCAAAAAAGUUGCAGCCGUUUCCAACAGGCUGCUGUGUGACGAGGAGGACUGGACGCCUAACAUGGAAAGCCGUCUCGCCGCGAGGAGAGCGGAUCUUACCGCGGAACGCGCUCGAGUUUCCCAGCUGCUCGCUGAGAACGCACUGUUGAAGGCUGACCUGUCAGCCAGCAGAGCGGAGACAGUCAACCUCCGACAAGAGAUGCAGCACCUGAGCGAGACCAGUCUGAUGGAACUGCUCGUGCCGGAGAUGAAAGCCGAGAAACCGAUCCGCGGAUGUGCCGUAACACCAGCGCCAGAAUUGGACUCUUCAGCGUUGUCGGAUUGUCGGAGGUCUCCGUCGGCCCUUUCCUCUUUCAUGGACAGCAUCCAUGUGCCUCAUCAGUGGGCAGACGUCAGCUUGCGUGCUUUCGGACCAAAAGACCACGUUAGACUCCACCAGCAGAGCUUCGGCCAAGUGGGCAGGUACGGAUGCCUGCUCUUCAGGCACGUCAUCUCGGAGGAGAACUACCAGGCGUGGAGCAAGACCACAAACUGGGACGGUUCCAGAGGCAAGCGAGCGCUGCCUCAAAACGUGAAGAGCUUUGUGAUCUCCACACUGAAGAAACAGUUUCCUGACAUGGACAGGGGGAAACUGAAAGAGAGUGUAGACAAGAUCAACGAAUUCUUGCGUACAACACGCAAGAAUUCCCAAGUCUAGCAAUACAAUACAAUACAGUUCAUUAUUUUAAUAAAAAAAACUAUCUUUCUGACUUUAGACCUGUUAUUGAAAAUGUAAGGAGUAGAAAGCACUAAUACAGUAUGUGUGUUAAAAAGUAGCAUAUCUGACGUUAUUAAAGU